CAACUAAUUGUUCGAUUUCUGUAGGUGGAACUUUCAUCUCUAACGGUCAGUUUCGUCGUCUCGGCGAAGACAUCGAGAAUAUAUAAGAGAAAGUUGUUUAAGUGAAGGAAAAAAAGAGGGAAAAUAUCAUUGACAUCGGAGAUAUCACGGAUAUGCAGACAAUCCCUAUAGCUGAAGAGGAGGAUAACGAGGACGAAUACUCCGCUUCGGCGUGCGAGAUCAUGCAACGGCGAAGUUCGAGCCGUCGGCAAAGCAGGCGAAAACGUCGGCCGUCCUCUCCUUUCAGCAUCGAAGCCGAGAGUAUGCUUCGUCGAAGAUCUUCCGCUUGCACCAUAAGCUCCGAAGAGACGGCGAUCUCGAUGGAGGAGGGCGGAAGCCAGGAGCAGAUAUUCGAGAAAUUGAAGUUGCACAAAGAGGUGUUGAGCGGGGUGAAGCAACAACCCUGGCCGCUUCGUAGGAAAAUAAAGCUGGUGCGGCAAGCAAAGUCGUACGUGAGGAGGCACGAGGGUGCCCUUCAGGAGAGGUUGGCUCACACUCGAAGCACCAAAGACGCCAUCGCUCGCGUCUCUCUGUUCGCCACGAAAAAAUGGCAAUAUUUCCGCAGAGAGAUAGUGAAUCUUGAAACGUGGCUUAUUCCAUGGGAAUUUCGCAUAAAAGAGAUCGAGUCGCAUUUCGGCUCGGCGGUAGCCUCGUACUUCAUUUUCCUUCGUUGGCUGUUCUGGAUUAAUCUCGUCAUGGCAAUUAUCCUCGUUGCUUUCGUGGCAAUUCCCGAGAUGCUCACAGCAGACGUAACUAUGGCAGGGGAACGGAAGGUUAUGCUGGAAGAGGAGAGAAUAAAGUCGAAGCACUUGCUGACUCUAUGGGAAUUCGAAGGAAUCUUGAAGUACUCGCCAUUUUUUUACGGCUGGUACACUAACCAAGAUUCGCAAAGCGGUUACAGAUUACCUUUAGCUUAUUUCGUCACCAAUUUGGUGGUUUACAUCUACAGUUUCCUCGCCAUAUUGCGCAAGAUGGCAGAAAAUUCUCGGUUGAGCAAACUCAGUGAAAAAGAGGACGAAUGCGCGUUUUCCUGGAGAUUAUUCACAGGUUGGGACUUCAUGAUCGGCAAUCCUGAAACGGCGCAUAAUAGGACGGCGAACCUGGUGCUUGGAUUCAAAGAAGCUUUAUUGGAGGAGGCCGAGAAGGAAAAGGACGAGAGAAAUUGGAAGAUAAUAUUGAUGAGGAUCUUCGUUAAUGUAUCAGUGAUAGCGUUGUUGGGAUUGUCAGCGUAUGUCGUGGUGAAAAUUGUUGCACGAAGCUCCAAGGAACUUGAACAGAGUAAUUGGUGGCGUCAAAACGAAAUUACAGUCGUGUUGUCGCUAAUCACAUAUCUGUUCCCUGUAUUCUUCGAGAUACUGGGCCUGUUGGAGAGCUAUCAUCCCAGGAAGCAGCUGCGUUUACAGCUUGCACGAAUAUUAUUCUUGAACAUGCUGAAUCUGUAUUCUUUAAUAUUUGCUUUAUUUGAGAAAAUUGAUUCAAUGAAACAAUUAAGAGAUCAUUCAGUUAAGAAUUGCACAUACAAGCCUAUUAAAUGUGAUAAAAAUAUGUUGAAAUCACAACAGUUUGUGACAUUAGCAUCUUUAAGUUUAAUCUUGGCAAAUAAUGUAACUGGAACUCAAUAUAAGAAAGAAAUUCCUGAAACAACUCUGCCAAAAUUUUCACUGAUGCCAACAAAUUUAUACCUAAACCCGAUACUCGAUGAAAAGUCCCUAGAAGAGAUGUACAAAGAUUAUCCUCCUGCGGAUUACGACGAUUACGAUUAUAUUAAGACAAACGAAUCGAAUGAGAUUACGUUUCCUCCACUCGAAGAGAAUACAACCGAGUCUGAAGUCAAUUUUACAACGGAAAUAAUCGAAAACGAUAACGUCAGUGCAACAACUAUUUUCAUUGUUUUAGAAAAUUUUACCGAAACUUCGUUUAUAGAGGAAAUUAACACUACUUUUAUGACUAGUAUCUCCUUCGACGAAUCUAUGAUUUAUUCAGAUGAAACAACUGAAAAAAUGGACUGGAAUAUAAGUACAAGUACAGAUUCAAUUGAUUCGAAUAACGUCACUGAAACGUUCCGUGUAAAUUCAGAGAGAGAUGAUGGAGUCACAGAAAUGGAAGGGAAUUCAACAUCAUUAUCGACGCAAGAUAAUUAUCAACAUUUGAUAAUUACAACGUUAAAUACAAAUGCAAUCGAAUCGGCGACAAUUGCUAACAAAUUUACUGAGAAAUCUGUCUCCACAGAAACGAUUGAUAAAAUUUCUACCACUAUUGAAUCUUCAAUAAAAUUGGAGGAAAAUGGGAUUCCUCUAUUGGAAAAAGAUACAAGAGACGUAAAGUGUUUCGAAUACGUUUGCAUAAUUACACAAGAUACAAUUUCUUCAUCGAAACAAUUAGAUCUGAAAACUCGAAAGAAGCUUCGCCAUUCUUGUUGGGAAACGGUAUUUGGGCAAGAACUUGCUAAGCUUACUGUAAUGGACUUGAUAAUUAUCAUAGCGAAUACAUUAACCAUAGAUUUUAUUCGUGCUGUCUUUGUACGAUUCAUGAACGGUUGCUGGUGUUGGGAUCUUGAGAAACAAUUCCCUCAAUACGGUGAUUUCAAAAUAGCUGAAAAUAUACUUCACUUGGUGCUCAAUCAAGGGAUGAUAUGGAUGGGAAUGUUUUUUAGCCCUGGAUUAAUGGUAUUAAAUCUUUUCAAACUUGGAAUUCUCAUGUACCUCAGAUCCUGGGCUGUUAUGACUUGUAAUAUACCGCAUGAAGUAGUUUUUAGAGCCUCCAGAUCCAACAAUUUUUACUUUGCUCUAUUGUUAAUAAUGUUAUUUUUGUGCGUUCUACCCGUUGGAUAUGCCAUAGUUUGGGUAGAACCAUCAUUGCAUUGCGGCCCAUUCUCUGGUUACAAGAAAAUUUAUCAUGUAGCGACGAAAAACCUCACCAAUUCUCUUCCUGAUUUAAUUAAGAGAUGUCUUGAUUAUAUUGUCUCUCCCGGCAUAGUAAUUCCAUUAAUUGUUCUCAUGAUACUUAUUAUUUAUUACAUGAUAUCACUUACCGGUUCAUUGAGAGAGGCUAAUAACGAUUUAAAGAUACAAUUGCGCCAUGAACGUACCGAAGAACGGCGGAAAUUAUUUAAAAUAGCGAAGAAAAGGGAAGAAAUGUCGGAUACCUUGAAGUGGAAAAAAAUGUUACCAGUUUUAUCUAAAACAAAGAAAAUUCUUAAAGAUGAUUCAGAAGUUAUAGAAAUAGAAAAUGCAUCGAUAGAAGUUCACGUGGAUGAAAGGAAAAAUUCAGCCUCGGAAUUAACAGAUAAAUUUAUGGAACAGGACGUGAUAUUACAUGAUCAGACACGGCACACAUUUUCUGAAAGCGACAAUAAUGAAAGAGAACCAGUUAGUAGCAGAACCGUCUAUCUAUUGCAUCUGAAAAUAGAAUUGGACGAUGAUGGGGAUGAAGCAAAUCCAAGCUUUACCAUAUGGAAGAAAACUAAAUUCUCACAUUUCGAUUCACGUUUUAAAGCAUACGUGCUAUUUAUGUAACAUUUCAAAGGAAAAAAAAAAAAAACAAACCUCAAUAUCAUUCGUUUAUUUAUGACUGCAACGUUACAAGUAGAAGACAGAAAGUCUAAGUCACGCGAGCUAGCUCCAUCAUGGGUGAAAAGAUUUCAAGAAAGAUUGGAAGAACUUGAUUGGAUGCUCUUCACAGAUCUGCAUCUUCAUUUUAUUUGUUUUCAAACAGAUCAAGAAUAGAUUAAACGAGAAAUAUUUAAGAUUUUAUUAUGAAGAUUAAAUUGGAGAAAAGAAUAAAAGAUGAGAUAAAAUUUAAAAAUUUAAUAUUUUUAUUAUAAUUUUCGAAGUUGGAAAGAGCAGAUUUGUUGAUAUAAAUUUGAAAUCUGUUGAAUUUCACGAAAGAGAAGAUUAUACGGGAAUCGUGAUAUAAAUUGAUAAUCGUUCACAGCAACAUUGUACUUUUCUCCUGUUUGAAAGAAUGUUUAUUACACCGUGAAAGGCCGCUUGGUGACAUUCGAGCCUCGUUCACGUGUAUUAUACCUGUUCCGAUCUCUGAUUUCGUUAAUCAACAAGCGUUGCGUCCGUGUUAUUCAAGAUGAAAACAAAAAAA